AUGGGAGUUAAGGAUGCAUUUGAGAUGAAGGACAUAAGUAGGUUGUUUGAGAACUGCUCUUUUGUUUCUGAACCUUUGGAGAAGGUGGAGAUUACAGAAUUUAUUUCCUCAAUGGACAAGAAGAAGCAGAUUGAAGGAAUGCGUAGCUUGAUAUGCAGGAUGCAACGUGGAGAAGAUAUGUCAGUGUUAUGUAAUGAUGUCAUGAGAGUAAUUGACACACGCAAUGUUGAGUUUAAGAUUUUAUUGAACCAAUACCUUGUGAAGUACACUCAGGAAUGGCCUGCAAAGCAGCUGAUGUGCAUUAACACUUUGCUCAAGGACUUUGGGGAUGAGGAUCAAGAUAUAAGGCACAGUGCAAUUGAAUACAGUGGACUUCUUGGUGACUGGACAGUCAUAAAAAACUACAUCAACCCACUGAGGGCGCAUGCAUCAAGUAAAUGUGUUGAUACAAGGCAGAAGGUAGCAUGCUCACUGAAGAACUACUUUAUAAGAGAUCCUAAGUUGUUUCGUGAUGAGGGGCUAUGUGAUUUACUAAGACGUUUGGCUUUUGAUGAUAAUCAUGCGGUGAGUGCAUGUGCAAUCAAUACUAUUCGUGUUGUAGAGGAUAUUCAUGCUGCAAACGAUCAUGCUAAGAUUCUAUCUGUUGAAGACAUCAACAAGCUUUUAGAGAAGUAUUCUAGAUGUAGAAGCAAGGAUGUGCUUGGAUGCCUUUUGGAGGUGAUUAAGAACAGAGCUGAUGAGUUUAGAGAUGCUGCGUUGUUGAAUUACUGCAUGAUAUCAUGUGACUUCAGAACAUUUUACUUAGGAUCGUCGUUAGCGAUUAUGAUUGAUUCUUCGUUCAGGCAGUCAGUUUUUGAUCAUCUCCAAGGAUUCCUUUUGGCCAGUGAUGAUGAGCUGUACUUUGUGCUUGAGUACGCAGAGUCGCUUGUUGAACAUGUGCAGUAUGAAAAUUCGUGCUUUGCAAUAUUUGAUAGCGACAGCAUUCACAAUAAGAUCAAAAAAAUCAGGUUGUUGUUCAACAGACUGGAUAAUAUUUCGAUUGCAGAAGUAAAGAGGAUGUGUAAUAUCUCGAGAUUAGCUAGUACUGUUUUAGCAGAGUCGAUUCGUGCUGAUUAUCCAAUUGAGGAUGUCUUCAAAAACACAGACAAUACAGAUGAAGUGAUUGGUAUAUUGUACAAAGCGGAUGUUUUGUCUGCAAAAUGGAGCUUUUUGAUCAAUCAGUUUCUGAGAAGUGUAUCUGGCAUCAAUGAGAAGCAGAAAUACAUCUACUUGUGUGGAAUAUAUUGCCAGGAUGUUCCUGCAGAAAUCCUCUCGAUUCAACGCCAGAGCAGUGUGCAUCUUACAGAUGAGUUUAUCAGGUUCUAUCUUAACAUGUAUAGACGAGGUAUAUAUAGCAUAACCACAACGAUUGAGAAUUUGAUUGACAUCCAGAAACACUGUAUAAGUAAAGAGAAAAUAAGCAUGGUUAUAUCUACAUUGAAAACACAAGGAUUGGCAGGACUUGGAAUGUUCUGUCAUUUGAAGAGAAACGACAACAUAUAUGAAUCAAAAUACUCAGAAUUUUUACCUCGUAUUACAAAGUCGAUCCUUGAUGUUAAACCUUACUAUGGAUAUGAUGAUCCAAGCAUAGAUAAACCUCAUGAUGAUUGUGAAAAGCAAAUGAACAUUAGAAAGUGUUUGGUUCGUGGCGAAAGCUUUAUUGAAAGUGAACCUGUGAAUAGAGAGGAUGUAUGUUAUGAACAAGAGAAGUUUCAUAAAGGCUCAAAUAUGCAUUUAAACAACUCUAAUAUAAUCUAUGAACCAGAGAAGAUUCAUGCGGAUUCAAGUAUAAAUGUUUGCAACUCUAAUGCAAAUAUAAAAUCAAAUAAUAGAUCUUCUAUUAUCUAUCAGAAUGCAGCAGAAUCACAAAAUACUUGUUUAAAAAGGAUAUCCCCGUUAUUAUCUGGAAAACAUGAUGAAGAGAAUGCUUGGGCUAGGUUUGCAGAAUCACAACCAUGUGUAAAUCUUCCAGGUGUUCAGCAAACCUGCUCUGCAGACAACAACAUAAUCAGGUUAAUUGACACAAAUGGGCUAAAGGGUGCGCUUUGCAUUAACAACAACGAAAUAUCUCUACAAGUAGACAUUCUUGAAUCAAAAAUAUCCAUUUAUUACGAGUGCAGAGGAUGGCCAAGCAGAAAACGAAUUGCACAAGAAGGUACUUAUCCUCUUAUGAAAAUAGACUCAUCAGCCAUCAAUUCAAAUUUCAGGCUCACAAUAGGAAAAUCAAUUUAUGAUGUGUUUCUUGAUUUGAGUCUUUUUAUGAAGCCAUUGAGCUGCACCAAUGAAGACUUUGCAAAAGGCUUCGCCGUGCAACGAGAUUCAAUUACAAUACAAGCACACAACGCUAAACAUUUACAUUUACUAACUAACAAAAAAAAUUCAUUCCAGGUAGGCAACGGCUUAUUUGCAUUCUCUAUUCUUGGCUCGGCUGCAUAUGCAUCACAUUCUGCCAAUCAACUCGUCAUAAAAAGUACAAAACGGGUGCUACAUGCAAUCUCACAAACAAAAUAA